GAGCAUAUUUGAUCCAACAAUUCGGUCAAGAUACUUGACUGAAUUAAUUGUUUUUCAAUCAAUAUUUGGUCUUUUCGGUCAGUAAUUCUUGACCGAAUUUGUGCCUUUUUCUAGUAGUGCAAAUUUUCUAGAUUCUUUGCUAUGGAGAAGCAAGGGGAAUAAAUGGAGUGGUAGGGAGAGAAAGAACGAGAAUGAAUGAGAAUGAAGGAAGAGAAAGAAAGGAAGGAGAAGGGAGGAAGAAAAAGAAAAGAAGAAGUGAGGAAAAGCAAUGACCAACAAUGGUGACAAUGUUGGUGUCGGUGCUGGAGAAGACAAGGAAAUAGUGAAGAAUCAAAGAAGGGAGAAAGGAUCGAGAUAUUAUAUGUUUGGAAUGAAAAAUAGAGUAUGGCUAGGUAAAUGGCUACAGGGUUUAUUCACCUCUUAUUCUUAAUUUGACUAUAAAUAUAUUUUUUAAAGGAAGGUAACCUACUGUGUGUUGUUCUGAUGAAUACAUGAAUCAUUUUCCU